UUCGAUAACAAACGACAUUACAAAAUAAUGCAAGUUAUAAGCACUCUGCGGGUGAACAAGGAUUGGAAAUUGAAAAAUCUCGAGUAAAUUGAAUUGGGCGCAUGCAAUAUUAUUUUUAAUAUUACCCUAGCAGUGUUUUAUGACAUCGAUUGCUAAUAAUAAAAAAAGGUUUUACAAAUCACCAGUCAUUUCGUGAUUUUAAAACGGUCCUUUAAAUACGAGUCUGCAUUUUUCAUGUGUAGUGCUAGUUUUUUUUAAUGUUUAGGAAAGGAUAAGUUCAGGGAGUAUGGAAAGAGACGGACAGGCGCUGGGUGACCUUCCCCUUCCUUGAGAUGGCUGCAGUUUGUGUGAAUGAGAUCCGGGCAAGGUUCUAGACCACGUUCCAAAUCCGAAUUUCGUGCCGGACCUCCAGAAGUUCGCAGGACACUAGUUUCAACAUCAUGCAUAAAGAAUGAGGAGAAAAAAGUCAGCCCUGAUAAAUUAGACUUGGAUAUUUGGAAGACUAUUAUGAAAGAAACUGCAUUAGAAGCUCCCAAUCCGUGCCCCUCUGAAGAUCCUGUGGACUCAUUCUCUGCUGCUACACGAGAAUUGGUUCAAAUGUGGCGACUGGCUGGGAAAGCUGUGCCAGAGAACCUAACUGAGGAGCAGCUGAGCAUUGUUCAAGAACUACCUUCCAAAUCUGCAAAGAAAAAAUAUCUUAAGUAUCUAGCAAUCAAAGAAGGCAAAAAGAAAGCAACAAAGGAGAAACAAAAAAUAAGACAAGAAAGAGCAAAGUGUCUUCAAAAGGAAAAAGAAAAUGAAGGAGGAGUUGAAUUAAAGAACACAUUUCUUUUGCAAUUCUGGCAGCGGUCUUUUGAUGUAAUGUACAAUUGGAGGGCUGCUCAGUCUAUGAUGUUUGGUCAGCCACUGAUAUUUGAUAUGAGUUAUGAAAGCUACAUGGCACAGCGAGAAAUGGAGAACACUAUCUCUCAGCUACUGGAGUGUGAGGGGUUCAACAGAAAAUCUUUAGACCCAUUCCACGUAUAUUUUUGUAACAUGAUCCCGGAGGGAUCAUAUCAUAAGGAGUUUUUGAAACGUUAUGGGGAUGCCUGGGAUAGACUCUUGAUAACAGUAACAGAAAAGUCAUAUGUUGACAUUUUUCCGAAAGACAAGCUUGUGUAUUUAACUGCGGAUUCACCUUCUGUAUUGAAGAGUUUUCAGCAUGAUAAAAUCUACAUCAUUGGGUCAAUUGUUGAUAAAUCAAUUCAGACAGGGUUGUCCCUUGCAAAUGCAAAGCGUUUAAAGUUGGCAACUGCACGCCUUCCUUUGGACGAGUAUUUGAAAUGGGAUAUUGGUGCAAAAAACCUUACAUUAAAUCAAAUGAUCAGCAUUUUGCUUACUGUGAAAGAAACUGGUAACUGGCAAGAAGCUCUCAAAUUUGUUCCAAAAAGAAAACAUGAAGGAUUUUUACCAGUUCCAGAACAGAAAUACUGUAAUCAAUCUAAAAGUUACCAGAACAAGACAAGAAUUGACAAGGAACCAAUAAAGAAAGCCAGGAGGCAAAAGUCAACUUUAAGUUUAAGUCAAGGCGUAGAAAAAUCAUCAGAUAAGAAAAGAUGGUGGCUGGAGGAAGAUUAAAGAUCCUUAAAACAUUUUAAGUACUGACUUACCUGAAAGAAAUAGCUUUAUUAGUACACAGAAUUUCAUACUGCAUUGAAAUAUCAGAAGAUGCAAGUCUGACUAUUGUGCGUAUCUCUCCAUAUCAGUGUGUUGAUUUUAGACCAUAAUUACAAGAAAAACUGCAAAGCAAUAAAAAUUGUGUAUUUA